CUCUUCGUCAGUUCGUCCCUUCCUCUUUCCUCCGCCAUACCGAAGUCCCGAACCGUAAAGAAUGGCGAGUGUGGUCUCGAGGUGCUCCGGCCUCCUCCUCCCCGAUCUGCGGCCGGGCCUCGCUGGGUCCCACAGGCGCUCGCUUCCACCUUCGCCGCUCGUCCAUCUGCGCCGGGGCCGUCGCCGGCCGAGAACCCUGUCCUGCGUCGCGCCGCCUGACUCCGCGGAGUCGAAGACGGACGAGCAGGAUGUCAAAGCUGAAUUGGGUGAGGAAAAGGCUCAGCCAAGCAGCAGCAGCAGCAGCAGUAGCACACCCCAGGAGCCUGCUGGAGAGCCACCUGUCCCAGACAAGGAUCUCAACAGGAGGGUAGCUUUGCUCUCCACUCUUGGCGCGGUGGGCCUCUUUGCAUCUCAGAGGUUCAAACUAGGCGGGUUCUCUCUCAAAGAUCUAGCAGCCAAUGCUGUACCAUAUGAAGAGGCUCUCGCAAAUGGCAAGCCCACUGUUGUUGAGUUUUAUGCAGACUGGUGUGAAGUCUGUCGAGAGUUAGCUCCGGAUAUCUACAAAGUUGAGCAACAGUACAGGGACCAAAUCAACUUUGUCAUGUUGAAUGUCGACAAUACAAAGUGGGAACAAGAGCUUGACGAAUUUGGAGUAGAAGGUAUUCCUCAUUUCGCCUUUCUGGACAAGGAAGGAAAUGAGGAAGGUAAUGUUGUUGGGAAGCUUCCAAAACAAUAUUUCCUUGAUAAUGUUGUUGCUCUAGCUUCUGGUGAUGCCACGAUACCUCAUGCACGAGCCGUCGGUCAAUACUCGAGUGCAGAAUUCAGAAAAGUUCAUCAAGUUGCCGAUCCCAGAAGCCAUGGCUAGUAAUAACUCUUCAUGGCUACUAGUUUUAGUUAUAACGCCAAGACUCGGUGACAAGUAAGCUGUGUUCUCUCUUGAAGAUAGUCUGAGUACUAGCAUAUAUGUUGUCUUUCUACAGGAGAAAUGGGCAUAACGUUGAUUACCGGAAGUAUGUCUAUACAUGAUGUCACACAUAUUUCAUAAAGUAGAUGCAUCGUUAGCAAUGCCCUUUUGAGGGCUGUGGUAAUAUAACUCUUUACCAAUA